CACUCCAGUCGUCGCGGCGGCGUGACGCCGUCAGCGCCGUCAGUUGGAAACAUCUCGCCAGGUGGAUGGACGACGGCGAUGACCCAAGUGUUGUUGAUGUGCCGGUUUUCGUUUGCGUGACGAAAAUUCAUCGAGACUCUCCGUAUCUAGAACUAAGAACCAUGUAACGUCCCUCAACGCCAGUUCUGAUUGUUCGUCGUGAGUUGUCUGUGAAUCGACCGCGAACGCCCAUCAUGGCGGAUACGACGUACAACUGGAAGACGAACGGCAAAACCACGCCGUUCCUCACGGAUUUCCCCGAGCGAGUGCGACGCGGCUGGGUGAAAUCCGCUGAACCAGAUACAAUUGUCACGUGUGAAAAUCAGUCGGGUGCAUAUAUUUGGAUGAAUGGUAGUGCCAACUGUCGGAUUGUCGAUAACAGAGGCGUUUAUGAAUGGUACUUUACAAUCAUCGCGAUAGGAAACAAACAGUUAUGGAAUGUGGCCUUGCUAUGCGACGAUCAUCGGGCCAACUUCACCUUGAAAUCGGUACAAGCAGACGGCGUUGAGAUCGGCGUGACAAACGGUCAAGAGUGGUACGAUCCUGACCCAAACAAAUGGUAUUCCGACAGGAAGAGACAAUACUUAGUGAGGAUCGUGUUCACCGCCGGCAAACACGGCGCGUAUCGACAAAAGAUUAUCUUCGGCUUCGGACACUGUCCGGUGUUACUGCAAAGCAUCUGCGCGGACUAUCUGCCGAAUAUCGCAGAUUACGCACGGAUCCAGGAGGCCACGAGAUAUUGGUUGUCAUUGAUGCCUCCAAGAUUGCCGAAUCCGCGAGAGUUCCACUCGGCAAUCGUGCCGCGCCCCGAGCCGCGGGAAAUCAUCCUGUCGAAGAUCUAUCCGCUUCCCAAUAUGAACAACUUCUUUUUAACCCAGGACACGCUGUCGGAUAGCAAACUGACGCCGCAAAACUAUCGGGGUCGCAUGCACGAGAUGAUAACUCUCGAGGAGAUCUCCCGGAGUGAGCAGCUCUCGAGACACAAUGAAACCACGCUGCUGCGUAUCUCGUCGAAUUAUGUACUAGUGAAUAUCGACGGCUCUACAGUUGCAAAAUACACACCCUCGGGUGAGCUCUUCGGUCAGCUCCACCUCAAACGGGACAUCCUGGAGGAUACGCAGAGUGGAAGGCUCAUACAGCGCAGUUGUAAUAGCGUUCUACUGAAAGUGACUCAUAAUAGUCAGGAACAUGCGGUCUUCGAAGCCCACAUUGAAGACAAGGGCUUGAAUUUCGUCAUGCUUAGACUGAGCUCAGAUUGCGUCAGGUCCUGCAAUUUGGAAAUAAACAGCGAGCGCGAAGUGGAAGUGCAAUUCGUAUUGAAUCGUCUGAAUUUUUGUGAGUGGCACUUGGCGAUAGACAGCCUCGAGGACGUGAAUUUAGUGUUCCUGAACGACGAACAUUGUCAAUUCGAGGCCCAAAUUCUCGGAAAUUUCCUGCAGAUCGACGCUAACAAUCUUAGUAUCCUCCUUUCCAAUUUACUCCUGAACUCGAGGUUCAACGAGGAGCAGAAGAAGGCCGUAACUGCGAUGACAUUGACGAAUAAGACUCCCUCACCGGUCCUCUUGCUAGGACCCUUUGGUACGGGAAAAACAUACACCAUAGCACACGUGCUGCGUAUGCUUGUGCAAAACCCAGAUAACCGGAUACUUUUGUGUACGCAUAGCAACAGUGCCGCUGAUCUUUACAUCAAGGAGUUCUUCGAUGUCUGGUACAAAAGGGACAAACACCCUCGGCUGAAACCCAUUAGAAUAUAUUAUAGACUGCGCGCACUAAACACGGUGCAUCCAGUAGUGCAGGAAUAUUGUCUGAUGGAUGAGUACGGUCGUUUCCGCAACCCGGUCGAGAGGGAUCUCGAAGAUCAUGGUCUAAUAGUGACAACUCUGGCAACUUCCAGCUGCCUGCACAAUCUGAAUCUGUCGCCGACACAUAUAGUCAUUGACGAAGCAGCCCAGGCCAUCGAAUGCGAGGCGCUAAUAGCUCUGAACCUGGCAAAAUCAAAGACUCGUAUGAUUCUGGCGGGUGAUCAGAUGCAACUCGCGCCGGAGAUCUACAACAUGUUGGCGAACGAACGGGGAUUAGGUAUCAGUCUCUUGCAAAGAAUGUGCGACCUGUAUCCGUUGCAUCAUCCGUUUCGGAUACACCUGUGCCAGAAUUAUCGCGCACAUGCAGACAUAAUCAAAUACAUGUCCGAGGCAUUCUACGAUGGAAUCGUUAAACCCGCCAACACACAGUUAAGGAGGCAUCCAACUAUGAAGCCGUUGAUGUUUUACGCCACUUAUGGCGCGGAAAAUACGGGAAUACACUCUACGGGAUACUUUCAUAUUAUGGAGGCGGAAGAGCUGGCGAAUCGUGUCCUGGAAUUGAAGAACAUGUGGCCGACGGAGCAUUGGGGCCCAUACGACGAAGGAUCCAUCGGAGUCGUGGCGUAUUAUCCUGAACAAGUAACACUGCUGCGAGUCGAAUUACGCAAACGUCAUCUUUUUGACGUGUCCGUCGAGAGAGUGCUCAACGUCCAAGGCAAGCAGUUCACUGCGGUUUUUAUCAGCACAGUCCGGACCAGGACAGUUGACAGAUUUUCCGCCGAAACCAAAAUCAAAGACUAUGGUUUUCUAACGAAUCCACGAUUGCUAAACACCGCCAUGACGAGGGCCAAGUGUCUCGUGGCGGUCUUUGGCGAUCCAGUCGCUUUACUCACUAUAGGCUCCUGCAGAGAACUAUGGAGGAAAUACAUAGAAGUGGCCGACUUGCAUGGGAUGACUCGAAAGAAUUUGCAGGAGCACUUGAACCAGAUUCCUCAACUCAAAUUACAGCCCCUCAAUCCAGAUGCGGCGGUUUUUUAUCCGCGUUUACUGCGCUAUAUCACAUAUGUGGAAGGGCCAACUGCGCAGACUACGCCGACUAUACCGAUGCUUUAUUACCGUACCCAGUCUGAUAAACCAGAGCAAUGUUGAGAGAGAAUAAACUUGAAGAACAAACAUUUUAAAGAAAAUCUUUCUCGAUUCUCUCAGGACACUGUCGCCCGUUUCAAGAAGCACGAAUCAUUCAAUUUUGUUCCCCGUCAUUGUCAACACACGUGACACAUUACCUUCGAUCGUAUCGAUCGCCGUAGAAUAAAAUACUAAUACCGAACUGGCAAAUUAUGUGCGUGUGUUUGUGAUUCUUUAAUUUUUCAUUUACGAUGGUUUGCAUUAUUAUUUACGAUUGUGUAUACA